AUGACAAAGUCUGUGGCUUUAGCCGCGCUGGCUCUGUCCAGCUUGGCCAUUGCCGACCCAACAUGGCCCGCCUCAACCGACGAGCUCGAGGAGAUCAUGUACCAGCUUAGCUCCUUCAAAGCGCGCAAGUUUUCUGACACAAUCUCCCCUUGCACCAACGAGGCGUCGGGUCCGGGCCGCCAGAAUGCCGCCGAGUGGCUCCGCGUCGGCUUCCACGACAUGUCCACUGCCAAUGUUUAUUUCAAGACCGGCGGCCUCGAUGGCUCCCUUCAGUAUGAGCUCGACGAUGGCGAGAACACUGGCCCUGGACACAAGACAACCCUCGAGUUCAUGUCCAAGUAUGUCUCUCCCCAUACUAGUCUUUCCGACCUGAUUGCCGCCGGCGUUUACGCCUCGGUGCGCUCCUGCGGCGGACCCAUCAUUCCCGUCCGUGGUGGAAGAGUCGAUGCCGAAGCAGCUGGCGAUACUGGUGUUCCGCAGCCGCAAAACUCCGCUACCACGUUCAAGCAGCAGUUUGACCGCAUGGGCUUUAACAAUGUCGAAAUGAUCCAAGUCACAGCCUGCGGUCACACGCUUGGUGGUGUCCACAACACCGAGUUCCCGGAAAUUAUUCCCGACGCCAAGUCCAACAAUGGGUUGGGUGGUUUAGAUAAAUCAGUCGCGGCCUUCGACAACAAGAUUGUUACUGAAUACCUCGACGGCACCACCGGCAAUCCGCUCGUUGUCGGCCCCGCGGUCAAUGUUCACAAAAACUCCGACUUCAAGGUCUUCAACUCAGACGGCAACAAAACCAUGGAAGCUAUGCGCGACAAUGCCAAGUUCAACGAAGUCUGCAAGAAUGUUCUGCAAAAGAUGAUUGAGGUUGUUCCUGCCGGUGUCAACCUGACCGAACCCAUUAUUCCCUACAAGGUCAAGCCCGUUGACCUGCAGCUCCUCCUCGCUGACGGUGGCGCCAAUUUGCACUUUUCUGGCUACAUCCGCAUCAAGACCACUGGCCUGUCCAAAGACAGCAUCAAUGACCUUACCAUAACGUACAAAAACCGCAAUGGCGAAUCACAAUGCGGAAAAAGUGGCUGCGACAUCAAGGCUACCAUUCACGGCCUGGGCCAGGGCUUUGACGAUACUUUUGGCUUCUUUCCCAUUGACGCCAAAAUUCCCGUCAAGACUGGUAUCUCAUCAUUUACUGUUGUCAUCAACUAUGCCGACGGCACCAAGCAGACAGCAGACAACAAUGGUAAUGGCUACCUCAUCCAGGACACCAUUCUCUUCCAAAAGCCGCAGAGCUGCAUUCUUGGCUCUACAGGCGCCACGACACUCGUCGCUGCCGUCCGUAACGAUGCCAUUUCCAAAGGCGCCAAAGCAACAAUCCACUACAAGACGGCGCAAGAGGAUAGCCCUGUUCACAAACUCAAUUCUGCUACGCUUGACAUGACAAGUGGGCAAUGCAUUGGCGAAUACACCCUCUUCAAAGCUGAGCAGAAAAUUGAGGGCGGCAUGGCGUACCAGUCUUUUGUCGACUUGAGCAGCGGUGAUGCAUCUGUAUCUUUCAAUAGUGUCGCUGGUCUUGGUGGAUCUUGCACUUCUUUCCAGAACCCAAUGUCUUGCAACACUGUUCGCCACGAGCUGCGGGCCUUGAACAACGACGACGCCGUGCCCGCCUCGCCAGCUGCCUCUCCUAGCACGGGCAAUGCCAACGCGACUCCCAAUCCUGUCUUGUCUUCACACUCAGUGCUCGCGGACCCUACUAGUUCCGGUGGUCCUCUUGCGCCGCCGCCGGAGCCGGAGCCAACCGGCAAUUCCACAUCACCUGGCACUCCGAGCACCACGCCGCCUUCUACCGCCGCUCCUGCUCCUACACCUACUCACAAGACCGCACUUGGCGGUUACGUUUUGAAGGGUUGUUGGGAAGAGGGCAGUGGUAAGCGGGCCCUGCCAGAUGCCUCUACAGCCAACGAUACCAUGACGCUCGAAAUGUGCAUGACCUUCUGCAAGAACUACAACUACUGGGGCACGGAGUACGGCCGCGAAUGCUACUGUGGCAACUUGCUCUACAGCGGAUCCAAGAGCGCACCGCUCGAGGAGUGCAACAUGGCCUGUGGUGGCGACCCGACCGUGUACUGCGGCGCCGGCAACCGCCUGGAACUCUUCUCAACCACGGCCAGCGUAACCACGCCCACGGGCACGCUGAGGCACAAGGAGACGGUUGCGCCCUACACCAUGGUCGGGUGCUGGGCCGAAGCCCCCACCAACCGCGCCCUCCUGAGCGGCAGCACAUCGGGCCCAGACAUGACCAACGAAAAGUGCGCCGACUAUUGCAAGACGUACCGCUACUUUGGCACCGAAUACGGCAGUGAGUGCUACUGCGGCAGCUUUGUCGGGACCGACACCGCGGCGGCCCCGCUUGCCGACUGUAACAUGCCGUGCGCCGGCGACCAGUUCCAGUACUGCGGCGCCAGCAACCGCCUCGAGCUGUAUAUGAACCCGGCCAUUCCCGGCGGCGUCCCGGAGCAGCCUCCCGCGGCGGGCGACUUUGCGCUCGUCGGCUGUCAGACCGAGGUCAACACAACGCGCGCGCUGGCCGGCACGUCCACGGCGGCGGACAAAAUGACAAAUCAGCUCUGCGCGACAUUCUGCAAGGACUACGAGUACUUUGGCACCGAGUACGGCAGAGAAUGCUAUUGUGGCAACACACUCUCGACGUUGUCGGCGGUAGCGCCCAAGGGCGAGUGCGCCAUGUUGUGUGGAGGUAGCAACGUAGAGUUCUGUGGUGGCUCGAACCGCUUGUCCGUGUACAAGAAGAAGCCGCCCGUGACGCCGCCUCCUCCCCCACCCCCUCCUCCUCCGCCGCCGCCGGCUCAGAGCAGCCCAGCACCGACAGGGGCCGGCACAGCAUGA